AGAACAUUGCCAAAGCGUUGAGAAAACAUCGUGCCAUGGAAUAUCGCAGAGCCAUGACCAUGUCGGUUGAGUCCUCCGAGGCAGACGGCGAUGAGACGGUCCCAAGCACUUGGGGUCGGCUGAUAGAGGACUUGUUCAUAGUUUACACCGUGCCCAGAGUUGCACGAAUCCGCGCUCCACCAUUGCAGAUCUGCUACCUCAUCACAUUUAGUCUCUGUGCCACAGUGAUGCUUGGCUGGCUCAUUCUGACACUUCAACUGAUGGAAUUCAAUGAGAUCUCCAUCUCCAAUUCCUUUGUACGGCUUGCACCCCCAUGGGCCAAUUCCAAAUCCUUGUGUUACGAUUAUGACUAUGACUGCUCUGAUUCACCAGAGGCUUGGACACCUCACUACUGUGGCAAAGCUGCUUUGAAGGACUUGGCCGAAAGGCUCCACAUCAAUUUCUUCAAGAACGGAACCUUUAGCAAAUCCCGCUGGGUGGGCGGUGCUCCCCGCAUCAUUGCCGACUGCCGUCAUUUUGAUGUCCAUGAAACACUGGAGGAGGAAGGUCGGCCGAUGGUCAUGACGGCCCGCACCAGGACCCUGCAAGAUCGCUGUGCUUCUCCCGCACAGGAGAAGUGCAUUUGGCACAACCAAGGCUUUGACAUUGACCUUGUUCAGAAUGUCGAAGGUUUCUUCUUGAAAAUCCGACAUGAUGUCAUGGCUGCGAAGGUGAAGGCUUCAAAUUCAUAUUCCACAGGUUUUGUGAAGAUCAAAGAGAAAGAGUACCAACUUCCUUGUUCGUCAGAGGGAUCUUGCGAUAAGAAAGAUCUAAAGGACCUCAGCUUGAGCAACGUGCCAUCUUGCAAUGUCUCUGAGUGCUGGAGCACAAAGUAUUCAGACUAUCUUUCUAUUGAUCUGAUUCUGAAAGCAGCAAAUUUAUCUCUUGAUUCUCACAUUCCUUUGCCAAGCGAAGCAGAUCUUGAGUCUGGGUCGGAUCUCCCUCGCCGUUUCUUGGGGACCUCAGUGGGAAUCGAUGUGAAGUACGAGAACGCGAAUCCGGGCGCCAUCUUCCCGUGGCCCAGAUGGUAUGAAUUCCGGAACAGGUACACCUACACCUUCCGGAAGAUGGGAGACUAUGCCUCUGAAACCAAUAUCUCAGGUGCUUCGGAUACCAGGCGUUUGUUCAUUCGCAAGUCCGGGAUCAAAGUCUUCGUCAGCUUUGAUGGUAAACUGGCCAGCUGGAGCUGGUCGUAUGCUGUGAAGCAAUUGGCUAUCAUGCAGGUGGUGUUUACGCUGACGAUGGUCGUUGUGGACAAGGUGAUCCUGCAAACAGUCUUCAAGUUCUUUCCCGAUUUUUCGCACCUUCCGCCGAUGAAAAGAUACUAUUCGGAGCUGAACUCGCCAACUCACUAUGAAUUCCGAAGCGCACAGUCUGCGAGUCAUUUGACGAAUAUGGUUAGAGACACAAACCAGCAAAGAUUCCGGGAGAUGAAGAAAAACUUCACAGAACUUCCUGAUGACUCUGAUUGAGGCGAGCGAAAAAGA